CAAAAGACUACAGACAUGACAACGGCCAGACUCGGGCACUAUGGCACAGUACCUAACACUCCUGCUAGAAUGUCCUGUUGUAAUCGCUGCCAUUUUUGUCGCUGGCAUUGGUGGGACAUUUCAAUAUGGAUUCAGUGUAUCUGUGAUGACUUCACCGUCUGCUUUUAUAAAGGAGCUGGUGAACAAAACAUGUCUGCAGAGAUAUAACGUCUCCUUGGAGCAGUGGCAGGUUUCUCUCAUCUGGUCCUUCACUGUGUCCAUUUUCUGCAUCGGGGGGUUACUGGGGUCACUGGUGGCUGGUCCACUGAUCACAAAAUUUGGGAGAAAGCAAUGCCUUUUGUUAAACAAUUUUGUGGCAAUAAUUGCAGCUGUGUUGAUGCUCUUGAGCCAAACAGCAAUGUCCUUUGAGAUGAUCAUGGUGGGACGAUUUCUCUAUGGCAUCAAUUCAGGUGUACUUUUAUUCUUUUGAUGUGUUUCGUGCGGCAGGAAUCCAAGAAGACCAGUUACGUUACACGGCCCUGGGAACAGGCCUGUGUGAGCUGGCGACCUCUGUAGCCUGUUUUAUGAUUGUUGAGAAUACAGGCAAAAAAGUCCUGCUGCUCAGAGGAUAUGUAGGAAUGUCUGCAACCCUGAUCCUCCUCACCGUAACUCUGUACCUACAAACUCAGGUCUCCUGGAUGCCGUACUGCAGCAUGGUCCUCAUUUUUAUCUUCAUUUUCUUUUUUGCUAGUGGACCAGCUGGAGUAACAGCUCCUCUUCCAGGGGAAUUAUUUACUCAGUCAUUCAAAUCAGCUGGAUACACAAUCGCCUGCACUCUCAACUGGACAGGGCUGUUUGUGCUGGGGAUGGUCUUUCCUAUCUUAGUGGCAAACCUGAAGUACUUUUGCUUUCUCAUAUUCCUGUUUUUCUGCGCUGGCUGUGGCCUGUAUGUGAGGCUGUACUUCCCUGAGACCAAGAAUCGAACAGCACUGGAGAUUGCUGCAGAGUUUGAGAAGAUACACAGCAAAUCGGAAAAAUCGCAGAGGAUAAGCGACACUGAGCAGAAACUCAACGGGAUCAAAACAUACAAGACCAAGUUUUGAUCAUAUUCACAGAGGUCAUAAAUUGUCAAUCAGCAAACAUUUAGCUUGAAGAAGUCACUUCAUAUCACACUGAGGUUACUGAAAUUGUUUAAAUGUAACCCAGGCAGAAAGAUACAACUCAUAUAACAGUUUAAUUCUAUUAUUACAGACCAUCUGUAUCAUUUUUACUGAGUCAGUCAUGUGAACAAUACAGUACUGCAAGACAACGUUAAUAAAAGUGGCUUUACUGUUUUUUAUGGCG